AUGUCUUGCAUUGCUGUGAUUUUGAUUUUGUAUAAGUCCCAGGCUGUGCUCAAGCAGUUUGGUGGAUAUGGGGGUUCAGAUGUUUUGGCUGAUGAAGUUGAACUCCAGCAGCACCAGAAGCUUGAGAAAUUGUAUAUUUCUACCCGUGCCGCUAAGCAUUUCCAAAGGGAUAUUGUUCGAGGUGUUGAAGGCUACAUAGUUACUGGUUCGAAACAAGUUGAAAUAGGAACUAAGUUGUCUGAAGAUAGCAGGAAAUAUGGUGUUGAAAACACAUGUACUAGCGGUACCACAUUGUCUAAAGCAGCUUUAAAUUUUUCAAGAGCUCGUGCUGAAAUGGAGAAAGAACGUGGAAAUUUGUUGAAAGCAUUGGGAACACAGGUUGCAGAACCACUGCGAGCAAUGGUAAUGGGAGCACCAUUGGAAGAUGCCAGACAUCUAGCCCAACGAUAUGAUAGAAUGCGACAAGAGGCUGAAGCUCAGGCUGUUGAAGUUGCUAGGCGACAAGCCAGAGUGAGGGAAGGGACGGGUAACCCUGACAUGAUUUUAAAACUUGAAGCAGCUGAAGCAAAGUUGCAAGAUCUAAAGUCAAAUACGGCUACAUUGGGAAAGGAAGCAGCUGCAGCUAUGGCUGCAGUCGAAGCUCAGCAACAAAGAUUAACCCUUCAGCGACUGAUAUCCAUGGUUGAAUCUGAGCGGGCUUACCACCAGAGAAUUCUUCAAAUACUUGAUCAUUUGGAAAGUGAGAUGAUAUUAGAGCGGCAACGAAUUGAAGCAGCUCCAAGUCCAAGCCCAAGUCCUCCUAAUCCGUAUACAGACAGCAUGCCCCCCCCUCCAUCAUAUGAGGAAGUGAAUGAUGUGCCUACCUCUCCUGCACAAAAUGGGACAACUGAUGGCAUGGGUUAUUUUCUUGGGGAAGUCAUGUACUCAUAUCGUGCUGAAUCUGAUGUGGAGCUUAAUUUGUCAGUGGGAGAAUAUGUUGUCAUUCGAAAGGUUUCAAACAAUGGUUGGGCUGAAGGAGAGUGCAAAGGUAAGGCAGGUUGGUUUCCUUUUGGUUAUAUUGAAAGAAGGGAUCGAGUUCUUGCUAGCAAAGUAGCUGAAGUUUUUUGA